AUGGCUGUUCACUACUCACCGUAUCUUGGUGAUUCGGUUAGUUUUCCAAUUGAGGCUAUGCGGAGGAACUUGGAUUGGGUACAUGUUAUGGCAUAUGAUUACUAUAUGCCUACAUGGGCAAACAAUACAGGGGCACAUGCUGCUUUGUAUGGUCCAGCAAGUGAUCAAGACACUGAUUGUGGUAUAAAUGUGUGGAUUAAUGAUGGAUUAGCAGCCAACGAGACGAUUUUGGGGUUGCCUUUCUAUGGCUACGCAUGGACACUAGUGAACCCAAAUGACAGUGCAAUCGGUGCACCUGAAAAAGGUCCUGCCAUAACCGAAGAUGGGUCGAUGAAAUAUAAAGACAUCAACAGUUACAUUCAGAGGAAUGGAGCUGUUUCAAUGUACAAUGCAACUUAUAUGGUGAAUUACUGCACUAUCGGAUCCACUUGGAUCGGUUUUGAUGAUGUUGAGGCUGUCAAAAUUAAGGUUGCUUAUGCGGAAGAGGAGAAUUUACUGGGUUACGUUCUGUGA